GGCCGGCGACACUUCCCGCCGCCUCGGGGUGGGGGGUCGGGGGCGUCGGAACAGUCACCGCGGCAGCCCGGCGGGGCUGGUCUGCGGGUCCUGCGAGGCCGCUCUGACGUGCGGUAUUCCGCGGGCGGGCAGCCUGCUCUGAAGCGGAAAGGAGGGCGCAUCCGGCUCGGAGCCCAGCUCUGCCGCGCGGCGCUCGCUCCCUGCGCGACCUGCAGCCCGGGAGGCGGAACGCAUUCUGGCUCCCGCGGGGUCACACGGAGCAGCGGGCGCUGUAAUCCAGGGAGGCCUUGGGGACACAACCUUAGAGAAGUCACCUACCGGUGUGUGUCCGCUGGCGCACGGGGACACUGGGAGCGAAAUGAGGUGGUUGUGAGCCAGGUAUUUUCCGAAAUACUCACCAGGCACCAGACCGAGGAAGCUGGAGCCCCGGAGAGCACGGAGAGGCGGGUGGGAGAGGAAGGCGAGCGAGGCUGCUCAGCGGGUGCCGGGAGACCGCAACCGCCGGGGACUCGCAGAAGAGCCAAGACCAGCCACCCAGCCCGGGAAGGGAGGGAAGGACCGCGACAGGGUGCCCCAUUUCAGCCUGGGGAGACGCGUGUCCUGGCCGCCAGUCUCUCUUCCUGGCAGAGGGCCCCAGUGCUGACCCCCAGCCCCUUUUCCACGCUCGAUGCUUCUUACAAAGUGGCCGGGCGAGGAGUGUCGCUCCCCGAGAGGCCAGGCCCUUACUAA